CAGGUUUGUAAAAUAGGAAGAGGCAGGAAAAGCACCUGUCUGAACACAACAGCAUCAGAGAGUGUGACAGUGUGAGCUGUAGGUAAACUGGGAGUGAUGGGAGCAGCCGGGAUCUCAUGGAGAACAACUAUGACCGUCAUCAUCACAGCAUCACAAAUCCCAGAACCAGAGACGUGAUCGGUGUGGAGGGACAGAGGUUCAGCUUCACAUGUGAAUACCCACAGAGCUGGCAGAGCAACGCCAAGUACCUCUGCCGUGAGGACGACAAUGACAAUAUACUGAUACACACAGAUAGACACAACCAGUGGGAGACAAACGGACGCUUCUCCCUGUACGACAACACCACUGCAGCAUUCUUACUGGUCCAAGUGGACAGACUGGUGCUAGAGGACGGUGGGAGAUACCGGUGCGGGGUGCACGUCGACUUACAACCGGAUCAUAUCAGUGUCAUACACCUGAACGUCUCACAAGGUAAAGAGAUAGAUAGAUAGAUAGAUGGAUAGAUAGAUGGAUAGAUAGAUAGAUAGAUAGAUAGAUAGAUACAUAGAUAGAUAGAUAGAUAGAUAGAUACAUAGAUAGAUAGAUAGAUAG